GAAGAUAAGCAGAAUGGCGCCAAAACAAGUGUGUCUGGUGUUGAGAAAGGUAGAGUGUCAGUGUUUGUGAUGAAGGGAGAUUCAGUCAGUCUACACACUGAUGUUAAAACAAACCAACAAGAAGAUAUUAAAUGGUAUUUUAAUGACAUUCGCAUCGCUCAAAUCGCUGGAGAUCUCAGUUUUAACUGUACAGAUGUUCAGUGUAAUGAAGGCACUGAGAGAUUCAGAGACAGACUGAAGCUGGAUCAUCAGACUGGAUCUCUGACCAUCACAAACACCAGAACCACAGACUCUGGACUUUAUGAAUUAAAGAUCAUCAGCAUCAGAAACAGCAGUGAAAAGACCUCCAGUGUUACUGUUUAUGAUGUUCCUGCUGCUGAACGAGAUGAAAUGAAGACAAAGUCAGUGAAGGAGGGAGAAUCUGUCACUUUAGAUCCUGGUGUAGUAAAAAACCCAAAUGAUUUUAUGACGUGGUAUUUUAAUGACAUUUGCAUCGCUGAAAUCACUGAAGAACCCAGAAAGAUCUGUACAGAUGUUCAGUGUAAUGAAGGUCCUGAGAGAUUCAGAGACAGACUGAAGCUGGAUCAUCAGACUGGAUCUCUGACCAUCACAAACAUCACAAUCACAGACUGUGGACUCUAUAAUCUACAGAUCACCAGCAGCAGCUUCAGCAUCAUUAGGAGCUUUAGUGUUACCGUCACUGAUUCAGGUCUGUCUUCAGCUGCUGUAGCAGGAAUUUGUGCUGCUGCUGCUGUUGGUGUCCUGCUGCUGAUGGCUAUAUCUCUUUAUUUACUGCACCGUCCAGUAAGCAGGAAAGACACCAGGACGCAGCACAAUGAUCGGGCGAAUGGUGUUAACGAUUUGUCGCCUAAUCAGAGUGACGUUCCACUGGUGGAUGAUGGUAAUGAGAGGUCCAUUAAUCACCAUUAAUCACACUGAUGCUCUAGUGAAGAACACUACCAAUGACUCGUCCUCUAAUAAUAUUGAGAUUGAGCCUGCGGCUGCCAGUGAGAUUUAAAAACAAAAAAUAAUAAUAAUAAGGAAAGAAGUCUACCUAUUUAUUUGAAGAGAAUUAGCUCAAUUUUCCAGUUUUAUAUUAGCGGUGAUUGUUAGUUCCCUGCAUGCUUUCUGAAGGAUCAUGUGAUACUGAAGACUGGAGUAAUGAUGCUGAAAAUUUAGCUU